AAAAAUAUAAAUUUAUCUCAAACAAAAUAUGCUUUUUAAUUUAUCAUAUGAUUAAAUUUGAUCAAUCAAUUUACUUUCAGACUUCGUUUGUUCGAGAACGCUGGGGAAUCUCCGAUGCAGACAACUUCCGGUGACAUUUGGGACGAGAUCGAGGCUGUAAUAACGCCGUAUAGAAAGGAUAAACUAGAAGAUGAUUCAGGAGCAGAGUUUUCGAUAAAGAUUCCUUCCCGUUUCACCAAUACACACCAAUCCGCUGACGCUAGAAGAAGCUUGUUUUCUGGUAAACGACUUGCAGACGAUAAUCAUGAAGUAGAAUCUUCUGCAACGAAGAAAUCAAAGAAAGGAGACGUUUAUUUGGAUUCCAACAACAUCAUCGAAGCUGUUGAGCGUUUAGAAUCCCGUGAACUUGUCGCAGACGGGAGUCGUUGUUACACAUUACCCACAAUUCCCGGAAAACAUGGUGACCUCAAAUCCAUCUCUUCGGAAACAAUGGCGGACGUUGUGCAGGGGAAAUAUACCGAUCAAUUAGGGAACGUUACUGUUGUCGACUGUCGAUAUCCAUACGAAUUUGAGGGAGGUCAUAUCCGCGGGGCUGUGAACCUCUAUACAAAAGACGCUGUAAACACAUUGCUUCAAGAAACACCGACGUCGGAGAAGCCACGUGUACUGAUCUUUCACUGUGAAUUCUCGUCAGAGAGGGGUCCAAAAAUGUAAGUUAUUCGUCUUUGAUUUUACUCUAUAAAACUAAAAAUUUGACAUUGUUGCACUAAAUCCUAAAUUAAUCCUAAUUCUUUA